UCGAAAGUUGUGACGUUGAUUAAAAUUUAUCCCAAUCGUACUUGUACCCAAUUACCCGUUUCAUUCAAUUGCACGCAAUAGAAACGUGAACGUCGAAAGUUUGUUAACAAGUCGCUGCUCUCGCACUAUUCGCGUAAAGACGUAGAACGUAUCCGUCGUUGUCUCUAAAACAAUUGAAUGUGGUUCGAGAUACCUGUUGAUUGUGUCGUAAAUUAAAUCCAUUUAGUUAAGCAAAAUGGAAGUCGAGGCGGACGUCGGGGCCGAACAAAUUUCUUCAACCUCGGACGCGCUCUUCGGACCUUUGGACAUACUUCUGCUGGUAGCACUGCUUGGCGUCGGAAUUUGGUGGCUCAUACGCAACAGGAAGAAAUCUGACACGCUCAGCUCCAAUGGAAAAUCAUACUCGAUACAGCCGACGUCGAUGACGUUACAAACGUCUACGGAAAAUUCCUUUAUUAAAAAAUUGAAAUCUUCGGGAAGAAGCCUAGUCGUGUUUUAUGGAAGUCAGACCGGUACCGGCGAGGAAUUCGCCGGUAGAUUAGCAAAGGAAGGUAUUCGCUAUCGACUCAAAGGAAUGGUGGCGGAUCCUGAGGAGUGCGAUAUGGAAGAGCUGGUGACAUUGAAAACCAUACCAAACUCGUUGGCGGUGUUUUGUUUGGCAACUUACGGUGAAGGAGAUCCGACAGAUAACGCAAUGGAGUUCUAUGAAUGGCUGCAGAGCGGCGAUGCAGAUUUAACUGGUCUGAAUUAUGCGGUAUUUGGCCUUGGUAAUAAAACGUAUGAGCACUAUAAUCAGGUCGCGAUUUAUGUUGAUAAGCGAUUGGAGGAGUUGGGAGCGACGCGCGUCUACGAUCUUGGUUUAGGAGACGAUGAUGCAAAUAUUGAAGAUGACUUCAUCACUUGGAAGGAUAAGUUUUGGCCGGCCGUCUGCGACUAUUUUGGCAUCGAAUCUACAGGUGAAGAUUUCAGUAUGCGCCAGUAUCGACUUAUCGAAUACAAAGAGGAAUUACCCGAAAGGAUUUACACUGGCGAAAUGGCACGUUUGCACUCGCUUACGAAUCAAAGGCCGCCCUAUGACGCCAAAAACCCAUUCCUGGCCAAGGUAAAGGUUAAUCGCGAACUUCACAAAAAUGGUGACCGCUCCUGUAUGCAUAUCGAAUUCGAUAUCGACGGUUCUAAAAUGCGCUACGAUUCCGGCGAUCACAUCGCGGUUUACCCCGUAAACAACGCCAAAUUAGUAGAAGAAAUCGGAAGAUUAACUAACGUCGAUUUAGAAACAGUUUUCACACUUCUAAAUACAGACGAGGAAUCCAGCAAAAAGCACCCUUUCCCUUGCCCGACUUCCUAUCGCACGGCGCUCACUCAUUACUUGGACAUCACCAUGAAUCCCAGAACGCACGUCUUAAAAGAAUUAGCCGAGUACUGUACUGAUCCGGCAGAGAAGGAGAAACUAAAAUUGAUGUCGAGCACUUCGCCCGAAGGCAAAGCUUUGUACCAUCAAUGGAUAAUGGACGACAAUCGUACAAUAGUCCACGUCCUUGAAGAUUUACCAUCGUGCAAAGCCUCCCUGGAUCACCUUUGCGAACUUUUACCGCGCCUUCAACCGAGAUACUACUCCAUUUCGUCAUCGCCAAAAUUAUACCCGAACACCGUACAUAUCACCGCAGUCCUUGUGGAUUACGAAACGCCGACCGGCCGCCGCAAUCAAGGAGUCGCGACAAGCUGGUUGGCUGUUAAACAACCCAAUCCCGAUACAGAAUACACAGUCCCGGUAUUCAUACGAAAGUCGCAAUUCAGACUGCCGACAAAACCCCAAACGCCCAUCAUCAUGGUGGGACCGGGCACCGGCUUCGCGCCCUUCCGCGGCUUCCUGCAGGAGAGGCAAUUCUUGAAGGACGAAGAUAAGCAAGUGGGCGAAUCGAUCUUGUACUUUGGAUGCCGCAAACGAGCGGAGGACUUCAUUUACCAAGACGAGUUGGAGGAAUACGAAAAGAAGAACACGGUAAAACUCCAUCUUGCGUUUUCGAGGGAUCAGUCGAACAAAGUUUACGUUACGCAUUUGCUAGAAAAAAAUCUGGACGAAAUUUGGAAGGUUAUCGGCGAAAAUAACGGACAUUUUUACGUGUGUGGUGAUGCUCGAACUAUGGCGGGUGACGUUCAUAAGACAGUGUUGAAAGCGAUCAUGGAAAAGGGGCAGCUAAACGAACAACAGGCAACUGCAUUCCUAAAGAAGAUGGAAACACAAAAACGAUACUCGGCGGACGUUUGGAGUUAAUUAUUUACAAAAGUAGGCCUUCACAAAUUGUAUUUAGUGUAAAAACAUCGUCGCAGCUUAUUUAUCUUUAUGUGAUAACGUUGUUAGGUGCCUUAUCUCCUAUGUGAUUUUUUUGGUUUACAAAUUGUGUCUACACAUUUCCAUUUUAUACGCUUUUAUAAAUCCGUUUUAAAUAUCUUUUAUUGAUUGUUAAAUUAUGUUAAUUUAAU